CGGAGAGCGACGACGCGCCGCUGGAGAGGCCGCAGCCCGUGGCUUCGUGCGCCGCGGCGCCCGGCACCGGCACCGGCGAGGAGACCCGCGUGGAGCUGCAGGGAUCCGACCUGUGGAAGCGGUUCCACGAGAUUGGCACGGAGAUGAUUAUCACCAAGGCUGGAAGGCGGAUGUUUCCCGCCAUGCGAGUGAAGAUUACAGACUUGGACCCUCAUCAGCAGUAUUACAUCGCCAUGGAUAUAAUCCCAGUGGACAACAAACGAUACAGGUACGUCUAUCACAGCUCCAAAUGGAUGGUGGCAGGGAACGCAGACUCCCCCGUGCCCCCCAGAGUCUACAUCCACCCUGACUCCCCAGCUUCAGGYGAGACUUGGAUGCGUCAGGUGGUCAGUUUUGACAAACUCAAACUGACCAACAACGAGCUGGAUGACCAGGGACAUAUCAUUCUUCACUCCAUGCACAAGUACCAGCCGCGGGUUCACGUCAUCCACAAGGAGUGUGGAGACGAUUUAUCUCCGGUGAGAGCCGUUCCAGACGGGGAGGGCACCCGUACCUUCUCCUUCCCCGAGACCGUGUUCACCACCGUCACGGCAUAUCAGAACCAACAG